AUGGGAGGCGAGUGCGUGCCGGAUCAUUGCCGCGAGUGCGGAAGCAAGGACGUUGUGACGGACUUCAGCGCGGGCGACGUCGUGUGCCGCGACUGCGGCAUGAUCCUCGGUGAGCGCAUAAUAGAUGAUUCCCCCGAAUGGCGAACAUUUGCUAAUGAUGAUCGGGGUGGUGACCCCGCUGCGAAAUCCAGGGUCGGCGACGUCGCGGACGCGCGGCUGGACAGCCUCUCGCUGUCCACGUAUCUGGUCGACCCGAAGAAGGGCGGCGGGGGCGCUGACGGUGAGGCUGGGCGCAAGCACAAGCGCCCCAACAUCUCGUCCGACAGCGCCAAGGUGAAGAGGAUGCAGCGCAAUAUGGCACGCAUUCAAGAAGUUGCAGAUUAUUUAUCGCUACCUAAGAAGAUUGUGGAGAUCGCGCUGGACGUGUACGCUGAAGCGGAGAAGCAGGGUGUCAACAUGCGAGGACCGGAACGAGAAAGUAUGGCCGUCGCAGUGCUGUUUAUCGCGUGUAGGAAGGCAGGCAAUGCACGAUCAUUGAAAGAAUUCGAGGAGGCUUCCGGCAUCCCCAAGCGACGUAUUGGCAAGUCAUUUAUGAGCUUGCAGCGCCGCUUGGAUCUCGAGGUGAAACAGGCGACGACGGAGGAGUAUGUGCAGCGCUUCUGCUCGAGACUAGGACUGCCAAACAAGACUCAGAUGAUAGCACACACGGUGGCGAAGAAGGCAGACAGCUUGGAGCUGUCUAAUGGACAACCCCCAGUUGCAGUGGCAGCGUCGGUGAUCUACUUGGUGGCAGCAUACACGAACGCAAAGCGCUCGAUUCAGGAGAUUAGUGACGUUACGAUGAUUGGCGAGAAGAGCAUGAAGAGAGUGUGCAAGGAGCUGAACAAGAGUCGCGUUGUGCUUUUCGAGGGUGUGGUGAUGACUUAG